AUGGAUCCCUCCUUCGUGCAGGGGCUGCACGAGCUCCUCAAGCAGAGCAACGUCCCAGACACCAACACCGUCAAGGCUGCCACCGAUGCUCUCCAGAACAACUACUACAAGAACCCGCAGUGCGUGCCUGCGCUCUUCGAGAUCCUCGCCACCUCGCCCGACCUCGCCGUUCGUCAGCUCGCCGCUGUCGAGCUCCGCAAGCGUCUCGCAAAGAGCGGCGGCAAGGUCUGGAACAAGCAGCCUGUAGACGUCCGCAACGGCAUCAAGUCCAAGCUCCUCGAGGUCGUCACCAACGAGCAGGCCGCCCCCGUCCGCAACUCCAUCGCCCGCGUCAUCUCCGAGAUCGCCAAGCGUGAGCUGCCCCUCGGCACGUGGCCCGACCUCCUCCCCUUCCUCUUCAACGCCGCCGACUCGCCCAACGCCACCCACAGGCAAGUCUCGCUCUUUGUCUUCUACACCGUCCUCGAGACCUUCGUCGACGGCGGCGAGGCCCUCGACAAGCACCUGCCCCAGAUCAUGCAGCUCUUCGCCAAGAGCCUCCAGGACCCCGAGAGCAUCGAGGUGCGCGUCACCACCGUCCGUGCCCUCGGCAAGGUCGCCCAGAACCUCGAGAGCGACGCCUCGGCCGACCUCGCCGCCAUGCAGUCCGCCGUGCCCCAGAUGGUCGGCGUGCUCAACCAGUGUCUCGAGCAGAGCAACCAGGACGGCGUCCGCCAGAUCCUCGACGUGCUCGAGGAGAUCUGCAUGCUCGAGGUGCCCAUCAUCUCCAACCACAUCGCAGAGCUCAUCGACUUUUUCCUCGCCAACGGCGCCAACACCGAGCACGAGGAGGACCUCCGCCUCAUGUGCCUCAACUCGCUCAUCUGGAUUUGCUCCUACAAGCGCUCCAAGGUGCAGAGCCUCGGCCUCGCCAAGCACAUGAUCGCCCGCCUCAUGCCCAUCGCCGUCGAGGAGGACUCGGACGACGUCGACGAGGACUCGCCCUCGCGUCUCGCCCUCCGCGUCAUCGACGGUCUCGCCACCGAGCUGCCCCCCAGCCACGUCUUCCCUCCCUUGCUCGAGCAGAUGCAGGCCUACAUGGCCAACCCCGACCCGCACCACCGCAAGGCCGCCAUGAUGGCCUUUGGUGUCUCCGUCGAGGGCUGCUCCGAGUACAUCCGCCCCCACAUGAACGACCUCUGGCCCUUCGUCGAGGCCGGUCUCAAGGACGGCGACGCCGUCGUCCGCAAGGCCGCCUGCGUCGCGCUCGGCUGCCUUUGCGAGAUGCUCGAGGAGGAGUGCGCUGCCAAGCACGCCACGCUUCUGCCCGUCAUCAUGGAGCUCGUCAACGACCCUGCCACUCAGCGAUCUGCCUGCACCGCCCUCGACUCGCUCCUCGAGGUCAUGGGUGCCGACAUCUCGCAGUACCUCCCCGCCAUCAUGGAGCGCCUCGCUGGCCUCCUCGAGACCGCUCCGCUCCCCGUCAAGGCCACCGUCACGGGUGCCAUCGGCAGUGCUGCCCACGCCUCCAAGGAGGGCUUCCUGCCUUACUUUGACCAGACCAUGCAGCGCAUCAAGCCCUUCCUCACGCUCACCGAGGAGGGCGAUGCGAUGGACCUGCGAGGCAUCACCACCGACACCGUCGGCACCUUUGCCGAGGCUGUCGGCAAGGAGGCUUUCCGUCCUUACUUCCAGGACCUCAUGAAGCUCGCCUUCGAGGGCAUGGACCUCAACAACCCGCGCCUGCGCGAGUGCAGCUUCAUCUUCUUCGCCGUCAUGUCGCGCGUGUUUGGCGAGGAGUUCACUCCCUUCCUGCCCCAUGUCGUGCCGCGUCUCAUCCACUCGUGCCAGCAGUCCGAGCACGACCCCGUCCCCGGCGCCUCGGGCGACGGCACCGUCAACGGCAUCGGCAUCCCCGGCCUCAACGCCGGUGGCGACGACGACGACGACGAUGGCUUUGUCGACAUUGACGAGCUCAACGACGCCUUCCUCAACGUCAACUCGGCCAUCGCCAUCGAGAAGGAGGUGGCUGCCGACUCGUUGGGCGAGAUUUUUGCACACACCAAGUCGGGCUUCCUGCCUUACAUCCAGGAGUCGGUCGAGCAGCUGGUGAUCCUGCUCGAGCACUUCUACCAGGGCAUCCGCAAGAGCGCCGUCUCUGCGCUCUUUACGUUCAUCAACACGCUCAACGAGCUGAGCAACCCGCAGCCGUGGCAGGCUGGCGUGCAGGUCAAGGUGCCGCUCAACGCCGACGUGCAGAAGCUCGUCAACGCCGUCAUCCCUGCCGUCAUGGAGAUGUGGGAGAGCGAAGAUGACCGAACCGCCGCGAUCGAGGUGUGCCAGUCGCUGGCCGAGUGCCUGAACAAGAACGGCCCUGCGAUCAUCGCACCGGACCACCUGGACGUGGUGUGCACGUACACGAUCAUGAUCCUGGAGAAGAAGAGCCCGCCGCAGCUCGACUCGGAGAUCCCCGAGGAGGAGAACGAGGAGGCGUCCGAGUACGAGUCGGUGCUUGUGUCGGCGGCGUCGGACUUGGUGGGUGCUAUGGCCAACGUGCUGGGCGCCGACUUCACCGACCCGCUUAAGCAGUUCAUGCCGCAGAUCAUGAAGUACUACACUCCCGGCCGAUCGAUGAGCGACCGCUCUACGGCGAUUGGCUCGCUGGGCGAGAUCAUCACGGGCAUGAAGGGCGCCAUCACGCCCUUCACGCAGGACAUGCUGUCUCUGCUGUCGCGCGCGCUGUCGGACGAGGAGGCGUCGGUGCGCUCCAACGCCGUGUUUGCGUCGGGCGUGCUGAUCGAGAACACGCAGACGGACCUGAGCGCGCACUUCCCUGCUCUGCUCGCGGCGAUCCGACCGUUCUUCGAGAAGGGCCAGAACGAGUCGGACGAGGUGCAGACGGCUCGCGACAACGCGUGCGGCUGCCUGUCGAGGAUGAUCAUCAAGAACGCGGAUGCCGUGCCGCUGGACCAGGCGCUGCCCAUCCUCUUCUCGUCGCUGCCGCUGCAGAAGGACAUGGCGGAGUGGUCGCCCGUGCUGCACUGCAUGAUGAACCUCAUCCAGAGCAACAACGGUGUGGCGACGCAGAACAUCGACACGAUCCUGCAGCUCUUUGCACACGUGCUCGCCGGCGACGAGGACAACCUGGGAGCGCUGCUGCGCGGCCAGGUGUGCGGCUUUGUGAGCCAGCUCAACACGCAGAUCCCCGACAAGGUGCAGGCUGCCGGUCUGCAGCAGUACCUCGUGUAA